GUCCAAAGAGACAGAAAAGCAAAAGCAAGCAAGCAAAAGAAGAUGAUGCUCUCACUAAAGCUGGUACGCUCUCUGGUCUUGGGAGAAACCAUUAACAACCCUCUCCUUUUAGCCCAAUCCCACCAUUACCAUGAUGAUCUUGUUUCUGAUGAUGAUGAUGACGACGAUGAUGAUCCUCAUCUCCAUGUCCAACCCCUUCAGCUCCAUCGAAGAAGCGGAAGCAGAAGCAGCAGAAGUGCAGGAAGAAGAAAGAGUGGUCACAGUGGCAAGAAUAGCAGCAAUACGAAGACCCCUUUGCUUCUUUUCCUCCCCACCAGAGAGAUCAUAAGGGACACAUACAGGCUGGCCACCAUAGCUAGAGAUAUGGGGAUGGACUUGUACCCCAGCCCAUCUCUCUCCCACAUCAUCUUCUCAUGGCCAUCGCUGUCUUCUUUGCCGUCGUUAUGGUCGUCGUCGUCGUCUUCGUGGUCAACAUCUGCGGAUAUCAUUCCUCUCCCCUUCCCCUCCCUGAGCAAUGCCUCUGCUGUGCAGCUCCGCUCCUUUGUCUGCCUUUCGAAGGGGCUGUUCAAACUCGUGUUUUGCAGUUUCAGUUGCAACAGCUUUAAGGGUAUUGGUGAUGAUGGGGAUAGUUCUAGUAAUUGGGACUGUUGUUCGCUUUCUCUGUAUUCUCGACUGAGCGGUGACCGUAUUGAUAGCAUGGAUGGCUUCUCCCGGGCUCUUGCUGGUGUGGGUUGGACCCUGUUCAAGACUAAGAACAACCCAUCUCUUGGUUCGAGUGGUUGCGGCUUCCGUAGCGUCAAAUCUGUGUAUCUCUUCAGAAAGGUUGUUGCAAAUAAGGUUCGGGCUAAGCUUCCGAAUGGAGGAACUCCUGUAUCUGGGGAGUUCAGAAUUAGAGAGCUGAGGUUGCCCCCUUUGGAUUUCAGGAAUGCCCCUUUGAGGAUUUUGCAGUAUAUCAUUCUAAUGACUGAUGAUCUCUUCUAUCUCGCCUGAACAGGAUGCUUCUUGGAAACAAGAUUUUGGAUUCAUCCAGUCAAGGCAGCAAGAACAGUGUCUUCUGUUCAACUGCGCCAGAUGGAACACUUGGAGACUACUAAGGGAAAUGAGAAUAGUUGUUUUCAACUGUUACAAAUGCACUCUCGAGGACUGCGACUUCUGACUCACCGUUGCAUAUGGGAGGGUGACUUGGAGGCCAGUAUAGACGAGAUAUUUUGCUUGAUUCUUACAAAUGGAACACCUUGAGGAAAAGACAGUCGUGAAGUUCAGACCUAGUUGAUCCAGUUACACCAAUUGGAAUCAGAUGCCAGUUUGAAGUUCAAUCUUGGAUAUAAUCAUGUAUGAUGAACAUUUAGAAGAUACCUAAAACGCUGACUAUGUUUUUUGUCAUCAAAUCAAACAAUUUGGGCACCUAGAUCAUGAGUUGCAUAAUAAUUUUUAUUGUAAACUGACAUGUAGAACAGAUUCUUGUUUGUGUUGUCACUAACAAUGAUUUCUAAA